AUGCAAGGGCCCCCUGCCCCCAAGCGGCUGAGGGCCCCCUCUGACUGUCCUCCCCCCCCACACAAACGCCGCUGCAGCGCUCAGAGCCCCGAAGAGGGGCUCAUAGAUUCUGUAGAGGGGCCCCUAAGCGGUACUGAGGGGCCCCCAGCCCCUACAGAGGGGCCCCUAGGGUCUAAUGGGGGGCCCUUAGGGUCUGUUGAAGCCUCGCCGGGUGUGGGGGUGCGGGUAGGUGUAGAUAAUGCAGAAAGAAGCAGCUUUGCUGCUGCUGGGGGCCCCCAAGAGGAAGCAACAACAAGACCUCUUCCCUUCUCACAAGUGAUGUACGACAGACUUUCUUCUGGGGCCUAUUUGCUGCAGCUGCUGCAGCACGUGCUGCGGCAGCGGCUGAGAGCAGCACUUAGGGGCGAGCUUCAUAAGAUAACUUUAGGAGCCCCCAAGACACAACAAAAGAAGCAGAGUGGGUUUAUCCCCUCGCCAGCAGUUGAGUCCUUAUUGAGGGGUGAGAGCGCUGCUGCUGCUUCGUUACGAGCCCGCAGCAGCGGCAGCAGCAGCAACAGCAGCAGCGAUGCCUCUGUGGAAGGCGUAGCUGGAGCACUUGCAGCAAAGCUGAUGUGCUGUCUGCAGCUAAAGGAAAAGAGCAGCGUUUUAGUGAUGGGGCCGCGAGGCUCCGGAGCAACAACAGCUGUUGAGUGUGCCUUGCGCUUCGUGCAGCAGCAGCAGCAGCAGCAGCAGGAGCAGCAGCAGCUGCGUCGUUUGCUAGUGGUGCGUGUGAAUUGCUCUUUGUAUGGGAGCGACACGGAGAUACUGCAGGGCAUUGUGCGGCGUCUGUGCAGCUGUUUAGGGCAGCAGCAGCUGCUGCAGCAGCAAGAGCUGCAGCAGCAAGGCAGCAGCUUCGGGGAUUGGGCUCGACGGCUGCGGAGUUUGUUGAUAGACAGCUGCGUUGCUUUGGGGUUUGCAGUGGUAGUGGUAUUAGACAGGGCUGAGGUUUGCUGCUUGUCUUCUCGUGAGCGUAGCAGCAGCAGCGGCGCGCUGCAGCAGCAGCAGCAGCUGCUGCUCUACACUCUCUUCGAUCUGCAGCACGGAGAAGGGCUGCAUAUUUUCACGCUUUGUUUGUCUCCUGUUGCUGAUCUCCCUGACUUUAUGGAGAAGAGGAUAAGAAGCCGCUUCACAAUGCAGAAGCUGCUGCUUUCUGCUGCUGCUGCUACGCCGCAGCAGCUCCUCGGCUUCAUUCGUAAUAAUCUGCUUAGCGUACAGCCGCAAGACCUGCUGCUGCAGCAGCAGGAAGCACAACCACUCCCAGCUGCAGCAGGUGCAGCAGCAGAUGCAGCAGCAGAUUCAGCAGCAAAACAAAAGGAUAAGCAAAUUGCCUCCCGCUUCAUACAAUCUUUUAAUGCGGCUCUUGAUAAAGAACUCUCCGAUCCAAGCUUCAUCGCUGCAUGCGGGAGGGCGUUGGCUUUGGGGCGAAACCCCCGCUGCUUUUUAGUUGCUGCUGUUCGCCCGUUGCUGCUGCUGUCUCCUCCGUUGCCGCAGCUAGCAGCAGCAGCAAGCCGUGCUGCUCUGGGGGCCCCCGAGGCCCCUGAGGCCCUCUCUCCUAUUCAUUCGCCUCUAAGGCAUGCAGAGCAGCAGCGCAGCGCCUGCAGAGAAGGCGCUGCUGCUGCUGAACUUGAGCAGCAGCAGCAGCAGCAGCAGGAAGAAGAGCGACUGAAAAUCUGCGCUGAUGCUAUCAAUCCACGCAAAGUAAGCAGGGCUAGCAGCAGCAGCAGCAGCAGCAGAAGCAGCAAAAACAGCAACGACAAAGGAGAUAAGAGCAGAAGCAGCAGCAGCAGACCUGCGCCUCUCACCCCUCAUGCAUGCGCCUGCUGA